AGCCACCUUCAUUUUAAUUCUUAUAUAUUUUUAAUUCAUAUAUUUUAAUUCAUAUAUUUAACUCAAUUGUAGCCUCCAAGAAACCUCCUACAAGGAAAUGAGUAUCCCCUCUUUAUCCUCAAGAAACCUUAAAUUUUACAUUUCUAACUACAUACUUAUAUAUGUAUGCUGGCAAACAUGUUUAAGAUAUUUCAUUAAAUUUUGUCUAUUUUACAUUUCUAACUAUAUAAACACUUAUGAUUUCUCAUAAGUCAUAACCUGAUCCUUUCCCUUCAACUCUUUGUCAACAAUAUAUACACAAACAUAACAUAUAUAGUCUUUUUCUCUUGCUAUUUAAUUUCUUAAUAUACCAUCCUUUCACUUUCACAUUCAAAAGCUGAUUUAUUUUCUUCAACUAUUUGGCUUCAAAUAUGAAGCUUAUCAUUAUGAACAUGUCUUUGCCUCUAUUAUUCCAUCUUUUGCUUCUUGCCUUUUGUUUUAUCCCUUCAUUUACUAGUGGAGCUACUCUAUUAGAAGAAGAAGUACAAGUUAUGAAAGACAUAGGAAGGACACUUGGGAAGAAGGAUUGGGACUUCAGCAAAGAUCCAUGUAGUGGAGAAAGUAACUGGACAUCUUCUGUGCAAGUCAGUGGAUCUGAAAAUGCCGUCACUUGCAAUUGUUCUUUUGCCAAUGCUACUGUCUGCCAUAUUAUUAGCAUUGUUCUGAAGUCACAAAAUCUUUCUGGCACACUUCCAAGUGAACUUGAGAGAUUGCCAUACCUCCAAGAAAUUGAUCUCACACUCAACUACCUUAAUGGUACAAUCCCUCCACAAUGGGCUUCCAUGACCAAUCUUGUCAUCAUUUCACUAUAUGGAAAUCGGCUAACUGGUUCAAUCCCAAGAGAACUUGGAAAUAUCACCACCCUCAAAACCUUGGUUCUAGAGUUCAAUCAAUUAUCUGGAAACCUUCCUGCAGAGCUUGGGAAUCUUCACCAGCUUGAAACUCUGCUUCUUACCUCCAACAAUUUUACUGGAAAUUUACCUGUAACAUUUGCUAACCUCACUAAGUUGAACCACGUUCGACUUGGCGGCAAUCAAUUCUCUGGAACCUUACCUGAUUUCAUUCAGAGUUGGACAGGUCUUAAAAGGCUGGUGAUGCAAGGGAGUGGUUUGAGUGGCCCAGUUCCUUCUGGAAUUUCAUAUCUAAAAAACCUCACUGACUUGAAAAUAAGUGACUUGAAAGGACCGGAUUCUCCUUUUCCGCAACUUAUUAACUUGACAGUUCUGCAAACAUUAGUACUGAGGAGUUGCAAUCUUAUAGGAACAGUUCCUGAAUAUCUUGGUAAUAUUACCACUUUAAGAAACUUAGACCUCAGUUUUAACAAAUUAAGUGGACAGAUUCCGAACACCUUGGGCGUCCUCGAGAACAUAAAUAUUCUAUUCUUAACUGGAAACCUUUUUACCGGACCACUUCCAAAUUGGAUUGCUAGACCAGACUACACAGAUCUAUCAUAUAACAACUUGAGCAUUGCAAAUCCAGAGCAGUUGACAUGUCAACAAGGAACGGUGAACUUGUUUGCAUCAUCUUCAAAAAGAAGUAACUUGGGAAUGGUUUCAUGUUUGGGGAACAAUGGCUGUCCUAAAAAGUCCUACUCUCUCCAUAUCAAUUGUGGUGGGAAGUCCAUAACUUCUAAUAAAAGCUUGACAUAUGACGAUGAUUCAAAUGAAGUUGGACCAGCAAGCUUUCACCUGAGUGGUUCGAACUGGGCUCUUAGCAACACUGGUCACUUCUUUGAUAGUGGCCUUAAGGACUACUAUACUUGGUCUAAUAAAACUAAUCUUGUCAUGGAAGAUGCCGAACUGUAUACGGAUGCACGUGUUUCUCCUCUUUCUCUAACAUAUUAUGGAUUUUGCCUGGGAAAUGGAAACUAUACAGUAAAUCUCCAUUUUGCCGAGAUAAUGUUUACAGAUGAUCAAACAUAUAGCAGCCUUGGAAGGCGUAUAUUUGACAUCUAUAUUCAGGGAAGGUUGGUGCUGAAGGAUUUCAAUAUUGCAAAAGAAGCCGGUGGAGUUGGUAAGGCAAUCAUAAAGAAGUUCACUGCUAUUGUGACUAAUAAUAACUUGGAGAUUCGCCUUCUUUGGGCUGGGAAAGGGACCACUGCUAUUCCAUUUGGAUCAGUAUAUGGUCCUCUUAUAUCGGCAAUAUCGGUUGAUCCAGACUUUACACCCCCAGUGGAAAAAAAAGGAAGUAGCAUACCUGUGGGGAGUAUUGUGGCAAUAGUAGUUGCUGGAGCACUAGUUUUCUUAAUUGUAUUUGGCAUAGCUUGGUGGAAAAUAUGUCGACGUAAGAUAGGUCCAUUAGAAAGAGAGCUGCAGAAUUUAGACCUUCAAACGGGUUUAUUUACAUUGAGACAAAUCAAAGAAGCGACAAACAACUUUGAUAUUUCAAAUAAGAUUGGAGAAGGAGGAUUCGGUCCUGUGUACAAGGGACGUUUGUCCAAUGGGACAUUGAUAGCAGUCAAACAACUUUCUUCUAAAUCAAAGCAAGGGAAUCGCGAGUUUUUAAACGAGAUAGGCAUGAUUUCGGCUUUGCAACACCCUUAUCUUGUUAAACUCUAUGGUUGUUGUGUGGAGGGAGAUCAGUUGUUGCUGAUAUAUGAAUACUUGGAAAACAAUAGUCUUGCUCGUGCUUUAUUUGGUCCAGAGGAACACCAAAUAAGAUUAGAUUGGUCAACAAGGAAGAAGAUCUGUGUUGGUAUUGCUAGAGGUUUGGCAUUCCUUCAUGAAGAAUCAAGAAUGAAGGUUGUUCAUCGGGACAUCAAGGCCACUAAUGUGUUACUUGAUACGUAUCUCGAUCCAAAGAUAUCAGAUUUUGGUUUAGCCAAGCUUGAUGAAGAGGACAAUACUCACAUUAGCACUAGAAUUGCUGGUACCUAUGGAUAUAUGGCUCCUGAAUAUGCAAUGCAUGGUUAUUUGACGGACAAAGCAGAUGUUUAUAGUUUUGGAAUUGUUGCCUUGGAAAUCGUUAGUGGAAAGAGCAACACCCUUUAUCGGACAAAGGAAGAAGCAUUCUAUCUUCUUGAUUGGGCACAUUCGUUGAGAGAAAGUGGUGACCUAAUGGAACUCAUUGAUAGAAGAUUAGGUUCAGAUUUGAAUAAAAAAGAAGCUCUGGUGAUGAUCAAUGUGGCUCUUCUGUGCACCAAUGUCACCGCAAACCUUAGGCCCUCUAUGUCGUCAGUGGUAAGUAUGCUUGAAGGAAACACUGUGGUUCCAGAAUUUGUAGAUUCAAGUGAAGUAAUGGAUGAAAAGAAGAUGGAAGUGAUGAGGAAGCAUUACUAUAAGAUGGAAGAAACUGAGAUAAGUAAGUCAGAGACACAAACUCAGAGUUUAUUAAGUGAUGGGCCAUGGACUGCUACAUCUUCAUCAGGCGUAGACCUUUAUCCUAUCCACAGUGGUUCUUCCUAUUUGGAGGGAAGAAGUUAAGUGUGUUUGUUGAUCAUGAAUUGCAUUUGUCAGCUUGAAGUCCUGCAACUAUGUCCUGUGAUGAAACCUUGAUGCAUAUAUCUUCAAAACUGAGUACUACCUCUGUCCAUAUUUACUAUGUCCUGUGAUGUAGUAACUGUUCCAAUGCUUUUUAUGAAUACUAUAGUUGUUGAAGCUUAAGAAGUGGUGAAUAGGUUUUCCUUAAAAGAUCAUACCUCAAAUACUCAAAUAUAUACUGUAUAAUAUAAUUUUUUAUUUUUUACAUACCUUAUAUAAGUUGUCAAGCUGAACAUGCACAAAAUUCUAUACAUGAUUUUGUAAUAUGUGAGUUAUGAUAAGCUUACCAAGAUGAUCUAAUUAGGAUUGAUAUUUCUAUA